AUGCCAGCUGAGUCCAAUUUCCAAGAUGUCACCAGCUCCACGAUCCGGACUCGGACCAUGCCUCAGCUCAAUGGCGGAAGUGAAAAACCACGGAGGUGGAUAAAACGUUACCGAACGGAGACGGCUGCGAGCAUCUCUAGUGUUAUGUCGACUGUCACUGCUUUUCCUCUCGAUAGUGUAAAGACUCGUUUGCAGACAUAUCCCUAUGCCGGUGCUUUGGACUGUGUACGCGUCACGUACAAUUCGGAGGGUAUUCGAGGUUUCUUUCGAGGUGUAACUGCUCCCCUAGCCAGUGUUACUCUUGUACGAACCAUUUCUUUCUCCAUCUACCAACGCUCUAAAUACGUUUAUUCCGACUGGAUGAAGAAGCACGUCGGCUUCUGUCCUCUCGAACAUGUGAAUAAGAAUGGCGCAUACCCGAAUUUAGGUACUAUUGCUUGCUUCGGGGCUGCUGGAGCCACAGCUGGCUCCGGUAUCACUUUUAUUGCAUGUCCUUUCGAGUUAACUAAACUCAGCGCUCAAGUGUCGGUUCUUAUGGCGAAGCAGAAGAAUGGAGAUCCGCAGCGGCAAGCCAUUGCUCUCAGUUAUCAUAAUAAGGGAACUUUUAAGACUCUUGCCAACAUAGUUAAGCAUAGAGGCUUUAGUGGAAUGUACACCGGAUUAAACCUACAUUUAUUGAGAGAUACCCUCGGAACGGGCAUCUAUUUUGCCACAUAUGAAAGCAGCAAACAGCUGUUAACGACUUUCAGCGGGAAGGAUGCACAUAAGAAUCCUGUUGCCGUCCUUGCCGCUGGAGCUCUGUGUGGCAUAGUAUCGUGGGCUUUGAUUUACCCUAUCGAUUCCGUCAAGAGCAUCUAUCAGCGGAAUGCACUGAUGUAUUCCAAGGGCCAGAAAGUGCCCGUCCCGAAGAUACAGUUUUUCAGACGGGAUAUGUAUCGCGGACUUGGUGUGUCUAUGGGUCGAUCUGCGGCCGUAAAUGCAGUGUUCUUUUCAGCGUUUGAAUUCUUCAAAAAGCGAAUCAACGCUCUCAAGGAAUAG